GUCACGACAGCGGUCGUGCCGAAAGCUUGCAAGGAGACUGACACGGACAAGGCACAGGGAGUGUCCCAAUGGUCAAUAUACCAGUCCAUUCCCAGGUUAGAGGAUAACAGGACAUUCCCGGACUCGCCACACAAGCCUCGUCAGACCUGCAGAGUAGGCCAGACUGGCAGACCUGAUUCUAAGCUUCAAUGACGUUUGCGGAUGCCACAACAGGAUGCAGCUGCGAGAAAACAGCAACACAGUGGACCUCACGCAUCUCCUAAUCUGGCCUGAUUCUUCAGCAGAGACUCAUCCCUUGCAUAGCGCUCAUGCGCUGCGAGGAAUGUGUCGGAUGCUGCAGGGCUUGGUGCCGUCACUGCUCCGUAAUGAACUUGGCUUUCUUUAAAAAGCCUGUGUCUCCAUGCUGCGAGGUUUACCAUCAGAUUCAAUUUUCUAGCACUCUACACUAAACUUUGAGAUUAUCAUCGCCAUCUUCACAAAAUGGGCUCAGAAGCUUCUCCAGGCCGGCUCUUACACCAAGUCCUGGACGAGAUAGCAGAGAAGGAACCGGAUCAGCUUUACUGCAUCCAUCCGGUUUCCAUGAACUUAGACGAUGGCUGGCGGGAAAUCUCCUAUCGGGACCUGGCUCAUGCUGUUAACCGCGUUGCUUUCUGGAUUGACGAGCAGCUGGGUGAUAGCGCGAAGAAAAAGCGACACGUCCUUGCAUACAUAGGGACUAAUGACUUGCGAUACGCAGCAUUUGUGCUGGCCUGCAUGAAGACGGGGAACACGGCAUUGCUUUUAUCUACGCGGAACUCGCACACUGCAUUUCAGCAUUUGCUCGACGCCACAAAAUGCUCAGUCAUGGUCGAUGCCAGCAAUAAACAGCAGCUACGACAGAUGUUGGACAAGCUUGAGGACAAUCGAUUGCAAAAGCUCCAAAGAUGGAACAUGCCUCCUCUGUGGGGAAUCUUCUCGAAUAAACCCAGUGAUGAGUACCCGUACAAGUAUGAGCACAAUUUCGCGGCCGCUGAGGAUAUGCCCACUAUUAUCCUGCACAGCUCUGGCACAACGGGGAAUCCAAAGCCUAUCAACAUAACACACGGCUAUCUCGCUACCCUCGAGAACAUCCAAACCAUGCCCAUUCCCAAGGGGAGAAAGCUCGCUCAAGGGCAUGUGCGAGAGAAAGGAAAGCUCAGGUUUCAUUAUGCUCCUAUGUAUCACUUCGGCGGCCUGGUGAGCAUCGUAGAGUGCAUAUAUUUUAAAACGCCGUUCGUACUUGCUCCAGAUCGUCCUUUGGACUCUGAUCUGUUCGCGCAAAUUAUGUCUACCCAUCAUCCCAAGUGGACAUUGGCGCUUACGCCGGUGCUCGAAGACCUGGGGAAACAGGAGAGCGGCAGGAAAGCAUUUUCGCAAUUCGAAGAAGUGGUCUUUGGCGGCGCUCCCAUGUCGCAGUCGACUGGGGACAAGUUAUCGUCACUUGCACAUUUGCAAACAGUCCUUGCCAGUACGGAAACUGGGUGGACGCCAACUCUCCUCUGCGAGGAUCCAGCCGACUGGUGUUAUCUGGAAUGGGUCCCGGCCUGUGGAGUAAGGAUGGAGGAAGUCGAAAAAGGACUUUUCGAGUUGGUCAUCCCAAGACCCGAGUCACGCAAGUAUCACGCAGUCUUCCAUUCCUACCCGGAUCUCUCUGAAUACCGUACGGGCGAUCUUUUCACGCCCCAUCCGACCAAAUCUGGUCUCUGGCGUUUCAGUGGCAAGGGUGAUGACAUAAACGUCAUGAAGAAUGGAGAGAAGUUCAACCCUGUUGCAGCAGAGAAGAUCAUUGAGAGACAUGAAUUAAUUAGUCGGGCGGCGAUCUUCGGGCAGGAUCGCUACCAAGCUGCAUUGCUCUUGGAGCCCCAGUGGAAUAAGCUUCCACAGGACUGGACCGAGGAGUGGCUUCGAAAGCAGCUCGAAUCAAUCCUAGACGAGGCCAAUGAAGCACUUCCCGCCUAUGCACGCAUAUAUGAUACUCACAUCGCUCUGACGUCUCGUGAUAAACCCUUUGCCCAAGCCCCGAAGGGAUCAUUGCGCCGUCGCGAGACUGCCAAAGAUUAUCAGGGCGUCCUAAACUCCCUAUAUGAUUCCACGGACUCUGAUACCUCGAAGGCGCAAGGUAGCUCUGUCGGCGCAUGUCCCGAGAGCUCCGACCGAGAGGCGAUCAGAAGCUGGCUCCAACAGGUAUUCGCCCAGCGACUCGGCCUGAGAGGGUUUGGCGAGAAUGAUGAUCUGGUUGAUGCAGGAAUAGACUCUCUGCAAGUGAAGGAGUUGUCCAGAGUCUUGCAGCAGGCAUCGAAAAGAAUGCACCCCGCUGGCAAACCCUUGACUUGGUCAGGGGAUGAGGUUUACCAAGCCGGCUCCGUACAGGCUCUCGCUGACAGACUCAGUCGACAUUUGAGCGGCAAUGAAUCUAUCCAAGAUAACAAAUCAGGUGCCAAGUGGACGCGAGCCGAUCGGCUCAUUCAUUCUGUAUGGAAUCACGCUCGGCAUCUUGGUCAAGGUGGGAUCACAGUAGUGUUGACUGGUUCGACGGGAGACCUUGGGAGUCACCUUCUCCAUCAAUUACUGCAAGUUCCUACAGUCGCAGAGAUAUACUGCCUCAACCGUGGCAGCGACGCAGUCGACCGCCAGGUGACCAACUUCCGAGAAAGGGGCCUAUCGGACGGGUGGUUGAGAGAUACUUCGCGGGUCCACUUUUGGCAGAUCGGCCUCGGCGAUGAACUGCUGGGGCUAUCCCCUGCUCAGUAUGAUUAUCUGCGUAACACAACGGACGUCUAUAUUCACAACGCCUGGCCCGUCAAUUUCAAUCAACCUUUGAAGGCUUUUGAGAAAGACAUGCUCCCGGGUUUGCGGCGCCUUCUGCAACUGGUGGAGGAGUCCCCACGCAGGGCUCAUUUACACUAUGUAUCAUCUAUCUCGACAGUUGGGGGGUGGGAAAAGACUCAUGGCCCUACGAUUCUCGAAACCUUGCACGAUGCUUCUGUGGUGCAAGGGAUAGGAUAUGCGGAAUCGAAGUUCGUGGCUGAAUCGCUUUGUGGCAUUGCAGCGCAGCGCAGCAACCUUGCGAUCAGCGUCCACCGAGUUGGUCAAGUAGGCGGUCCCUCAUCGCCAACAGGAGGGAUGUGGAACCCCCGGGACUGGUUCCCGGCCAUGGUCCGCUCGUCCAUGAGUAUGAGCAAGGUUCCAGACACUUUGGGGACUAUCAAUGUCAAUUGGGUUCCUAUAGACCUGGCCGCCGAAGCUAUUGUGCAGAUUGUUCAAUGCCGCCAGGAGCGGCAGGAUUCUUCCGGACUCAAAGUAUACCAUAUUGUGAAUCCAAAAGCUCGAGAUUGGGGGUCUUUUGCUCCCUUGGUGGCCAGAGCUUGUGGGGCGAAGGUGGUUCCGCUUAAAGAAUGGAUUGAUGAUUUGCAACAACAGGACUCAGAAGGUUCAAGUCGCGAACGUGUAGAAGCUCUGCCGGCGCUUCCGUUGUUCGGAUUCUUCAAGUCGCUACUUGAUCAGCAGGAUACCACUUCCGUGCCUUUAGAAACGAGGAACGCCGUUGCCGAUAGUACGGUCCUGGGUAAGAUCCAGCCAGUCGAUGCUGAAUUAUUCAAGGUCUGGCUGCGACAGUGGAAAGAGAGAUGGCUUCCUGAGCUUGAAGUUUGAGCUGGUUGUCUAGGUCGCGUGCUGUAAGGACACUUUUCGGACAUGAAUGAGCUUGAUAUUGAAUGUAGAUGACUUGCGCCCUUUAGCGCCGUGUCUCAGAGCAAGCUGGUGGUCUAAACCUGGCCACUAUUGUACCACUAGGCGGAUAUCUGAGACGAAAAAUGCGUCACCCCCGCAGCGGGAAUCAUGAUCGACAGGCGAUGUCAGAUGAUUCCCCUCGUUGAAAGAUAAGCCCGGGGGAUCCAGACCCAUCUAGAGUAAGAGUGGUCUAGUGUUUCAUUCAAAAAAUACGCGUAUUGAAGCGUGUGAUGCGCGGCUUCCGCCCCUAAGGCGCGUAACGUCCGUUCUCAGCACGAAGCCAUCUCAUGAACUCUGGUGAUGUAUGAUACUUCAACUCGAAUCAAUUCCUAGUGCCUGCAACCAG